AUGGCUCUUGAUUUACGUCUUGAAAAUCCAUUUAAUCACAUAUUUGAGAAUUUUGUCAAAGAUUUAAACGACGUUAGUCAACGUAAUAUUGCAAAUCGAGGAGUUCGUCCUUGGGCACCAUUAUUGGAUUUACACGAAAAUAACAACGAAUAUAUUAUGAGCACUGAAUUACCCGGAAUUAAAAAAGAGGAUAUUAAGAUUGAUAUUCGGGACAAUAUACUCUAUAUUUCUGGUGAAACUAAAGAGGAAAAAAAAUCAGAAGAAGGAACAACUCAUAUUCAAGAACGCCGAUGGGGUUCUUUCUCUCGUGCACUUUCACUUCCACGUAAUGUGAAAGCUGAUGAUGUCGUUGCUAAAUACGAGAACGGUGUCCUUGAGGUUAAAAUUCCUAAAGCUGAACCAUCUGGCAAAAAAAUCACCAUCAAAUAA